AUGACUAGCGACAUCAAUGAGAAGCAGACCUCGGCCGAGGAGGUCGAGGCCCAGCCCAGCUCUACGGGCGGCCCUGUCUAUGAUUCCGAUGUGAAGGUCGACUAUGACAGAGCCGGUGCCAUCGGUGCUGAAGAGAUCGAACAUAAUAUGAGUGUGCUCGAGGCUGUCAAGGCUUACCCCUCUGCCAGUUGGUGGGCAUUCAUCAUGUCAUUCACCAUUAUCAUGGAGUCAUACUGCGUUUUCUUAAUGGGACAGUUCAUUGCCACGAAAAAAUUCGCCGAGGAUUUUGGUGUAGAGGAUACACCAGGUAACUGGAUUAUCUCAGCUCCAUGGCAGUCAGCAUUCCAGUGCAGUGGGCCAGUCGGUGCUUUUAUCGGUGUAUUCAUUGCGGGUCCCAUUACCAGUGCGAUCGGAUAUCGAUGGGCAACCAUUGGCGGUCUCAUGUUCUUGAACGCCUUCAUCUUCAUCUUCUAUUUCGGCAACAGCCAGGGAAUGUUCUUCGCAUCCCAGAUCCUGGAAGGCAUCCCGUGGGGCAUUUUCAUCGCCAAUGCACCUGCCUACUGUGCCGAAAUCGUGCCAAUGAGAUUGCGUGCUCCUGCGACGCAGAUGUUGCAGAUGUUCUGGGCCAUAGGAUCGAUCGUGGUCGGCGGUAUCACUUACCACUAUCAAUCCAUGAACACCUCUGCAGCCUACAGAGUUCCCAUUGCCCUCCAGUGGAUGUUCCCUACUCCCCUCGCUAUCGCACUCUACUUUGCACCCGAAUCACCCUGGUGGCUCGUGCGAAAGGGCCGUCUGGCCGAGGCAGAGAAGGCUGUGAAACGCCUUGGACGCGCCUCUGCAAAUGAUAAUCCCGCUGACAAAGUCGCUAUGAUGCGUCGUACCAUCGAACUCGAGGCGACUGAAAAGAAGCCCAGUCUGAUUGAGCUGUGGAAGGGAACCGACCGUUACCGCACAUUGAUUGUUUGCGGCGUGUACGCAUCUCAGAACCUGACCGGUAACCUGAUUGCCAACCAAGCAGUUUACUUUUUCAAACAGGCCGGUAUGGCAGAUAACACCGCUUUUGCGCUUGGUCUCAUCACUUCAGCCCUCCAGUGGAUCAUGGUCAUGCUCUCUUGGGUCCUCACAACAUACCUUGGCCGUCGCACCGUCUAUGUGUAUGGUCAAUGCAUCAACUGUGUAUUCUUGGUCGCGCUUGGUAUUGCAGCCUCAGUCGGCGGUGGCCAUGCGGCUAGCAAUGCGCAAGCCUCACUUGGCUUGAUCGUCUCCGUCCUCUUCUGCUUGGGACCCGCCCCUGCCUCCUGGGUCAUCAUCGGAGAGACAUCUUCCGUUCGUCUCCGUCCCCUGACAACCGGUAUUGGACGUGGUGCCUACUACCUGGUCAAUAUUCCUUGCAUUUUCCUUUCCAGCUACAUGCUCAACACUGGCAAGUGGAACCUGGGCGGAAAGAGCGGCUACAUCUGGGCUGGUACCGCCGCAGUCUGCACGCUCAUGUCUUGGCUCUGGAUUCCAGAGAUGAAGCACAGAUCCUUCCGUGAGAUCGACAUUCUGUUCAAGCGUAAAGUCCAGGCUCGCAAGUGGAAGAGCACUGUCGUUGAUAUCCGCGAUGAUGAGUAG